CAACCGUGAUUAUAAUCUAGCUUCAUCUUGCAAUACUCAGUAGAUUCGGCAUAUCCCUACGGAAAAUAUCGCUAAACACCAUGCUCUCAUUCUUGAGAUCGUCAGGGCCAGUGCGCACUCAAAAUGCCCAGAACAAUCCAAUUCUCUACGAAGGCGGCAAGUCUUCGGUUGCCUUCUCGGGACCCGGCUCAAAAUACAUCAUGACCCAUCGGAUCCCACCAACAGACAAAGAAAAUGGUGUUUCGAUUAUCGCGCCUCCGUUUCACUAUCAUAUCUACCAAGAUGAAUUCUUCCGCGUCCAGUCCGGCAAGGGCAACUUCUACCGCGGCCUUGACCCAAAGCCCUUUGCGGUUCUGUCCGACGAGCCAGAUGGCCAAGCUACAGCCUCGGUGAAGGCUGGAUACUUUCACCGCUUCGAAAAUGCAACAGAAGACAGAGAUCUCGUGGUGGAUAUUCAUUUGACUCCAGAAUCAUAUGAGAACGAACAGCAGUUCUUCAGAAACUUCUUUGGGUACCUGGACGACUGUAAAGCGUCGGGUAGUGCACCUAGUAUUUUUCAGCUUCUCGUCUUUCUUCACAGCGCCGAUACUCCAUUGGUGAUUCCGAUUCCUUGGGAGUUCAUGGGCCGGGUGGUCAGUCGGAUCUUACUCACAACUGCCGCUUACUGGGGAAGAUUUGUGCUGGGCUACAAGCAGACAUAUCCGGAAUACUACGAUGCAAAGAAGUCCAUAUAAGAUGCUGACGGGCAUCAAUCAAGACAAUUUACAAGUAGCAUAUGAAAUUUUAUAUAUGGGGUAUCUUUCAAAUUGACACUGGUUCAAGCAGCUACACUUACAAUGUCUGUCUCCUUCUUGCCAUCAUCUUCCUUCCUUAAGCCUUCAGGACCAUCUUGCACUUGACGA